GCCGCCAGCCGUCCUUGCGGCAGGAUGAUGCCCGGGGAGCUGCCGCCGGCGCCCCGGGGGCUGCGGAGCCUCGCCGUGCUGCUGCUGCUGCUGCUCAGCGCCCGCGCCGCGCCGGCUCAGCGCUGGCGCAACGAGAACUACGAGAGGCCCGUGGACCUGGAGGGCUCUGGGGACGACGAUCCCUUCGGGGAUGAUGAACUGGAUGAUGUCUACUCAGGCUCUGGCUCGGGGUAUUUUGAGCAAGAGUCUGGGCUGGAGACAGCAGUGAGCCUCACCACAGACACAUCCAUCACCCUCCCCACCACAGCAGCUGUGCUGCCCAUCACCUCAGUGCAGCCUGUGGCCACCCCCUUGGAACCAUCCCCUGCUGAGGACACCAGCCCUGAGCAGACCACCAGCAUCUUGUACGUGCCCAGAGUGACAGAGACACCAGUGAUCCCCAGCUGGAAAGCAACCACCAUCAGUACUACUGCCAGUGACUCCCCUACCACCACCACCACCAGCACCACCACCAGCACCAGUGUGGCCACCACCACCACCAGCACCACUGUGGCCACUGCCAAACCCACCACUGUCAGGAGGUUCCUGCCCCCCUUCAUCACCAAGGCAGCCACCACCCGGGCCACCACCUUGGAGACACCCAGCACCUCAGUCCUUGACACCAGCACACCCACAGAGGUGGCCACAACACGGCUUGUCCCCAGCAGCACAGCCAAACCCAGGUCCCUGCCAAAAGCAAGCACCUCCAGGACUGCAGAGCUCACAGAUAAAAGCCCUGCCUUGCCAUCCAGUCCUACCACGCUGCCACCCACAGAAGCCCCCCAGGUGGAGCCAGGGGAGGUGACGACAGCAGACAAGGAGCUGGAGGUGCCGGCCAGCAGCGGCCCCAGCGGGGACUUUGAGAUCCGGGAGGAGGAAGAGACGACACGUCCAGAUGUUGGGAACGAGCUGAUGGCUGUGGUCACCCCUCCCCCAGGCCCUGGGGUGGGCAAGAACGUGGAGCCAGGGCUGUUGGACAACACAAUAGACUCUGGCAACUCAGCUGCUCAGCUCCCCCAGAAGAACAUCCUGGAGAGGAAAGAAGUGUUGAUAGCCGUGAUCGUGGGUGGUGUGGUGGGAGCCCUUUUUGCUGCCUUCCUGGUCAUGCUGCUCAUCUACCGGAUGAAGAAGAAGGACGAGGGCAGCUACACGCUGGAGGAGCCCAAACAAGCCAACGUCACCUACCAGAAGCCUGACAAGCAGGAGGAGUUUUACGCGUAGAAGCAGAACCAGGCGUGCCUCACGCUCCCUCCCUCCCUGCUCCAAACUCUCCUUCCUCCUCUACUUCAUCCAGUCUCUCUCUUUCUCUCUCUGUCUCUUUCCCUCUCUCUCUCUUUUUUUGGAUCAGACUGUGAAUUUACAAAGCAAAACCCUUCAACAGCUAAAGGAGAAAAACCACAUCUUUGGGUGAUGAGAAGCGCCCGGAGCAUCGCCAAGGUGGGCUGGGGCAGCUCCGGCCGUGCUGCAGCAAGAGGGACGGGGCAGGAGCCACUGCCAAGGCAGCUGUGCCCAGGAAAGUGCCCUGGCAAGCAGGACAGGGCAUUCAGGCUGCCCACAGCACCUGGAGCUCGUUGGGCUUUUCCCACCUGAACAAGACUCUGGGAUCUGGACACCUUCUGCCAGCCCUGGGGUGCAUUGGGGGUUGGUUUUGGAUUGAUCUGCUUUUGGUUCUGUUGGGUUUUUUUUGAUUCCCUUGGGAAAAGAGGGAGGUUUCUUUCCCUCUCUCUUGUUUUGAUGUUUUGUUUCCUUUCUGAAGGGGUUGGUUGCUGCCAGGAACGACCUUGCUCCCUGCUUCAGUUCCAAGAGAGGACGACGACUCUCAAACACGCUUUGAACCUUGAAUGAAAAGCACAAGGGGCUGGAAAACCUGAGGCUCUGGGGGGAAGGGUGUUGCUCUUGGAAUGGGUGUGGGGAGAAGGGAAAAGAAUAAAACACCAAGAGAGCACUCUGGAAAUGAUCAGCUCUUUGGAGAGUUUGUGGAGCAGUGGGAAGCUGUGGCAGGGUGGCUCGUGCUGCUUCCCCUCCUGCCCAGCAGCCUCGCUGCACUGUGCUGUGCACUGCCAGGGACCUGCCAGCUACAGGAGCUGCUGAGGCCUUGGGGUGAGAAAGGACCUCACUGGGUUUUCACUGUGACCAAUAAAGCUCAGCUUGGGCAGUAGGAGCCACAGCACUGGUGUUCAAACACAGCAGAACGGGCCGUUGCUUGGUGGGGAGAGGAGGUGGAAAUGGAAGAAGCCUCUCGCCUGGUUCUCCAGAGCAAAGCUCCACGAGGCUAUGAGCUGCAGCAGGAGGAAUGCAAAGCACAGGGGCUUGGUCAGGGGUCCUUGGUGGCACCCAGAAGGAGUGUUGGCUUUCCAGCAGUCAAGCCCAGGGCAGGUUGGCUGCUACACACCUUUAGCAAGACCCAGGACUGAUGGUUUGUGCUUGUUUUGUUGUUUGGAUUCCAGUAGAAGCCACGGGGCAGCCAGAACCCUGAGAGCAGUAGAUCCUGGAAGCCUUCAUCACCCAAGAGCAGUGGUUUCCCCUCUGAGGCUACUGAAGGUGCAGAGCAGCAGGGCCUGAUGCAGAGCCCCCAGGCUGUGCCUCCUAGAAAGGCUGGGUUUUGGGUUUGCUUGCAGCAAGCUCUCUGCACUGAGAAGCCAAUUAGCUCUUUCAGUUGAGUUGGCUUUUAAUUAGCUGAAGUGCUGUUUGUGAUGCAGUCAAGGGGCUUUGUUUCCAUGAAGGCUGUGAUCUGGAUGGUGUCCCACUGAGAUCUGGACUUUGCUAGGAGAGCAACUGAAACAGGAGAAUGAGGGAGGGAAGGGGGAAACCCCUCACCUGAUUGCUUUAAACCUGCACAGGCACAGUGAGGCUUUGUCCCCUCUGGGUGUGAGUGGUUAUAGAGCCUUUAUAACCCCUGGGGCAGGCUACAAGAGAGCAGCACUUUGAUUUAGGAGUUUGAGAGGCCAAAUGCAUCUUUAUAUAUAUAUAUAUAUAUGUAUAUACACACACUCACAUACAUACCCAGUAACAGAUGAAAUGAAAUCCCUUUGAACUUUAGUUGCACUGCAUCUGAGGGCUGGAUGGGGCUUGGUGCUUGUGAAGGUGUGAGGUUUGGGCCACACUCCCUAUGGGGUGUACAAGGUAUGACCCAAAGCCACCCACCUGGUUUUCCUACAGGGUAGGGAGCAGAGCCCCUUGUGCACACAGACCAGCUCUGCAAUGCUCAUUUUGGAGAUGGCAGCCUCCAAAUCAUCAUCAGUUUGGUUCUUUCAGUUUGGAGAAGAUGGUGCUGUUGGCUGGCAAGGGAUGGGGAUGCUGAGAGGCUGAUUGUACCCAUUGCUUGGGUCCAUCCCAGCGGUGGGUGAUGCUGGGAGAGGGAGGAUCACACACCUCAGUAACUCUGCUACCAACCUAGUGCUAAGAGCCACCUUCUCUGACCUGCUCACAGGGGAAGAUUUGAUGGUUUUGGGGGGUUUUCUUGGUCCCAUUGGAACUGCACAGAGGACCCUGGCUGUUGGGGAGUGGCAGAAAUCAACCCUCUUCAUGAUGGAGUGAGCUGGGCACAGCAGGUACCAAGGCCACCCAAAAUCACCAUCUUCUGGAAACACAUGGACUUAAUCUUUUGAGCUUGCAUUGAAAAAAAACCCCACCCCAGCUCUCCCAGCUUUAUCUUUUAAAUGCUGCUUUUCUUAGCUGCUUCCCUAAUCCUCUUCAUUCCAUUUUUUCCCUCCCAUUUAAUAGUCUGAAGCUCCAUAAUACCAUUUUUUAUUCACUCAAGCUUACCCUGGCUCUGCUCAGCUGGUGUUUAAGUUGUAAUCCCAGCAUUUCAAUCCCUUCCAGUUGCAGAAGUGAGAGAGUCUGGAGGUGGGAGAGUGAGAGGAGGUUGGGGCAGCUCUUCCUCUUGCAGUAAUUAAAAGGGUGAGAUAGGUGUGUGCAAAAACAAGCCCCAAGGUGAGGGCAUUUGAAUCAGAAUCAACCAAAGGCUGAAUUCUUUGCUCCUUCCACGUGUUUGCUGUAUUGCUCUCUGCCCAGAGAGGGGAUGGGAGCUCAAGGAGACUGCCUUUUGGGCUUGGAGCUUACCUUUUACUGGUGAUAAAUCACAAUGAAGCCUUUCCUGUUGCCUCAACUCCCCAGCAGCACUGGGUUAGUUGCUGCAGUUGAUGCUUGGAAGGAAAAAACAGCCUCAUCUUGCUGGAGGGCGGCUGCUCUUGUGCUUCCCUUGUAGGGCAGAGAGUGGUGGGACAGAGCUGAACGUGGGCUGUGUUGUUUUGGGAAAGCCUAGCUCCCAAAAAACUGCAGAUCCCAUCAUCUCUUUGUUACCAGAGCAAUGAAGAUGGGUAAAAACCCCACUGAAACUCAGAGCAAUGAUGCUGCUGGGGUAUGUAAAGGGGUUGGGGGGGGGCUGCAAUGUGACCAUGCCCAGAGUGUCUCACUGUGCUUUGGGGCUUUUGAGGGAUUCCUGGUGUGAAGCUGGAUGGGGAAGAGGUGAGACAGCACAGCAGGAGGAAGGAAAGCAUCUUUUCUCAGCUGUUGAUUUGGCUGCAGAGCCAAACCAUUUAGGAAAAUGAGCUCCCAAUGGCAGCUCAAGCAUCUCCCACAUCAUCUGCUCCUCAAGGCUGCCAGGUUUGGCAUCAUCCCCUUCUGCACACACUCAGCCCCUUCCCCAGCCUGAGCAGUGACACCAGCCAUGAAUGGCUGCAUCUCCCAGCUGGGGCAGUGCCCAGAUGUGCUCAAUCCUUCCAGCUGUGUGCCCUGAGGACAUGGGCAGCAUGGAGGGCUUUCCCAUUUGCUUUUCCACCUCUUUUGUCUGUGCCUAUGUGAGUCUGAAGGAAGACUCUUUGCCAUGCCAGUUUUGUCAUCCUGGGAGUGCUGCAGUUGUGAGGAGUGAAAGGCAGCAGCUCCUCUCCUGCUGGGUUGGUUUUUAGUGUCUCUCUCUGGUGGGAUUUGCAGCAGUUGGUGCCUCAGAGGAGAAUGAUAAAGUAAACCAGUGUGUCCUGGGCCACAUGAGGCAGGAGGAGGGUGUCAAAGGGAAGGGAGCACCAGGAAAUGUGUGUGAGAGAUCAGUUGAGGAUGGGAAAAGCCAGGGAAUGGAGGUGGCCCUGGCCAGCAGCAGGAUGAGUUCCUGUGUGCCCUGCUCUAGGUGGUGCUGCUCUGGCAGGGGGUUGCACUGGAUGAGCUUUCCAGGUCCCUUCCAGCCCUUGAGAUGCUGUGACUCAGCCCAGACAGGUUAUACAGGGCUUGAGUUGUCCCUUUCCUCCAAAAAACCCCUCUUUGCUUUUGGACCUUUCAAAACCAGCAGCAGGACCCUGUGCUGGGGGGAUCCCUCUGCAGGGGAGGCAAUGGCCCAGGGCUGGGUGUGUGCCACGCUGCUUUGCCUCUUCAGUUUCCCACUCCCUCCCUAUUUUUCCUGGUGACUGUUGAAAAUCCCUGGGCAGGAGCUGCUUUGUUCCACAUGAACCUUGGCUCCUGCUCCUCAGGCUCAUAAUUCAGAGCUAUCUGACCCCACCAGCACAGAGCCCUUUAACAAAACCAUUAGCUGAAAACAAGAGUGGAUUUGUAUAAAUUGUCCCCCCACCCACCCACCUUUGUUAUGAUUCCAAGUGUUUCUGGGCUCUGAGGUUUUUCUACCAGGCUCUGACAGCUCCUAAAGUGACAUUGAGGUUUUGAGCAGUGAAAGUUGGAGUUAGAACAAUUGGGCAGCUCCCUGGCUGGAGCCUGGGAGGGGGGUGGGUGUGUGGUGGGUGUAUGUAUGUAUAUAUAUGUGUAUGUAAUUAAUAUCUCUGUAUAUAUGUAUAUACGUGUGUGUGCAGAGCACACGUGUGUGCACAGCUUUGGUGUAAACUCUGCACCUAACAAGGAGGAGGGAGAGGGAGUUAUCAGCCAGGAUUUGGCCCUGUGGUUCCUUCCUUCCCUCCCACCCUUUACCCUGUCGCAGCAACGGUCUCAUCCUGCCGCUCGGGGUCUGGCAGGGCUGGGGGUAAGGAGUCUUUUGCUGAUUGCCACAUGCCUGGCUGGAGCUGGAGCAGCCCCUGGGGUUGCUGGUGAAGCAAGCAAAGCCCCACCAAGGCUCUGCCUUUGCUCUAGUUUGUCCCACUUACCUUCUGCCUGCAGCCUGUGGACGUCUUCACACUCGGUCUCUGCAGAGGUCUCAGUCUGGAGUGUACAAACCUUUCUGGUUCCCUCUUCCUUUUUGUUUGUCUGUUUAGGUUUUUUACUAGUGUUUUUAUUUUGGGGUAAAAGUCACCCCAGGAGACUCCCAUGUGAUAACCCAGAUGCUUUUAUGUCCACCCCACGUUCCACACAGCUCAUCCACCACAUCUCCAAAGACCUCAAGGGUGUCAGCGACUCGACCCCUGGUCUGGAUCCCCCUGGUUAAAGUCGUACCAGUCCAGUUGACAAUCAAACCUGCCAGAACUGCUGACUUGAGAGGAGUAGCUACCCACUGCAGUUUGAUAGAACUACUUUUUAAAACCACAAGCUUCUCUCUUCACUCACCACCUCUCACCCCCACGUCUCCAGGACGAACCACCAGCCAUUGCUCCUGCUGUAAAUAAACAUCAGACCUUCUUGUACAAAUCAAAGAGAACAAAAACUUUCCAUUGAUACACAUCCCAACAAGAAAGAAAAAGACAUCCCUUUCCAGAAGAUGUCAAUAACUCCAAGCAAAAGAAAAGCCCAACAAGGGAGCCCCACUUCACUUUUACUUUGGAGCCGAUUUCAAUUCCCAACAGGAGAAGGACAACGAAACCUUGAAGAUCUCCAAGUGUUUGACCUUUCAGUGGAUAUGGGAAGGGGGGGGAAGAAACAAAUGCAUGUAAAUAUUUUUAAUAGGAACCAUAUCUCAAACUGAACCUUUGUUUUUGUUUGUACAGAGCUCUUCUGGAGUUUAGUACCGAAACUGCUUCAUGGUGUCUGUUCAAAGGGAAACAAAAACCCCACAACAAAAAGAAAAGAAACUUGUUUGUUCAUUGUUUUUCUUUUGUUCUUAAUGGCCAAAACUUUAGACAGAGUUCAAAAGAAAAGCCUAUACAAAGAGUCUUUGCCAAUGGAUCGAGCACUGUCAUGGUACUGUCUAUUUUUGUUAACGAUUUCUGUGCUGUGCCCAUUUAUAAAAGGAGAAACGGGAAGAAAAAGAAACCCCCAACCAAACCAAUAAAGUCAUUGAAACCUUGUC